CGUGACUCACCCCGCCUCCCCCACCUCCCCCCUUUUCCUAGGUUUGGUACCGGGCGUCCCCCACCCCAGGCGGGUUACCUGGCUGAAGGGGAAAGGCUGAGCCUCGGGGAGGCCUGGGCCCCCGAGCCAGCGGACUGACAGGUACAGACAGUGGGUCAGUGUCAGACUGGUCGGCGCUGGGCCAAGGCGAGGCCCGUGCCAAGGGAGCAGCAGCAGCAGCAGGUGCUGAGUCAGCGUCAGGCCCAGUCCCACCCCCACUCUCGAGGGGGCGCCCCUACCCUGUGGUCACCUUGCGGCCCCCCACAUUCGCAAACACAAUGUCACUUCAGCAGCCCUGCCUGUCUCCCUCUGCUUUUUGAUGUACCUCUGCCCUUCCUCCUCUCUUCCUCCACCCCUGUUCUGGUUGAGCUGUGGAGUAGGAAUUAAUCCAUUUCAAUAAAUUUCAAUACGUGACACUGAAAGCCUGUGGUUAGAGGAAGCAGGAGGCACCCACACCUCAGCAUCCUCAGGAAUCCAGGAGAGGGGGGAGAGAGCUUUCCUGGAGGGUCAGAAAGUCGGGGCCCUAGUACUCUAUUCCUCCCCUCCACUCUCCCUUCUUUUCCCCCCUCUGAUCCCACCAAGUGUAGGAAUGUUUUUGGGAACAGAGAUGUCAUUUUUAAAGAUUAAUGUGUCUUUCUCUAGAGCCUCAACUUAAAGGCAUCGUCACCAAACUGUUCUGCCGCCAGGGUUUCUACCUCCAGGCAAAUCCCGACGGGAGCAUCCAGGGAACCCCAGAGGACACCAGCUCUUUCACCCACUUUAAUCUGAUCCCCGUGGGGCUCCGUGUGGUUACCAUCCAGAGUGCCAAGCUGGGUCACUACAUGGCCAUGAAUGCUGAGGGGCUGCUCUACAGCUCGCAACAUUUCACAGCUGAGUGUCGCUUUAAGGAGUGUGUCUUUGAGAAUUACUAUGUCCUGUACGCCUCUGCUCUCUACCGUCAGUGCCGUUCUGGCCGGGCCUGGUACCUAGGCUUGGACAAAGAGGGCCGAGUCAUGAAGGGAAAUCGAGUCAAGAAGACCAAGGCAGCUGCCCACUUUGUGCCCAAGCUCCUGGAGGUGGCCAUGUACCGGGAGCCUUCUCUCCAUAGUGUCCCCGAGAUUUCUCCUUCCAGUCCCCCUGCCCCCUGAAAUGUAGACCCUGGACUGGACACUCCUGCACUUGCACCGGUCUAGCCACCGCCACAGCCUGUCUCCCAGCCCUGCUCCUGGACCUGCUCUCACCCCAGCUGCCAUACUCAUGCCCUGAGCAGCCAGGUCCCACCAGGUGCUCUACCCUGAGGGAGCCUAGGAACUGCUGAAACCCUUAGAUGCUUGGAUCUUAGAGGUGGAUGUUUGAAAAUGUCCUGGCUGAUCACUUGUUUCCUUCCACACUUAUCCCCCCCCCCCUCACCCGCAAAGCCUUUUCCUAAGAUGGCACUGGGGGUUUCCAAACAGAGAACAGGACUCAAAUACUCCCCUCCCCAGGCUCAGCCAGUUCCUGGAGCCCUUUUCAUGGCCUCUGAGCCAUAGAUUUAUAGAUCUACUGGAGCUCAGGGUUAGUGUCAUUUCCCUACUCCACCUUCUGCCUUGUUCUGAACAGGUUCUGCAACACCAGGCACCUCAGCCAGGGCCAUUUCUGCACUAAGGCUCUGUGCUGGAUCCACCAGGCUUCCUCAACCCAGACAGACCCCGGGUUUCCAAGUAGAGAGAGGCUGGAUUUGAGCCCUGUCCAGCUCUUGGCCUUGGCCUGAAUUGGGGCCAGUCUCAGAUUACUACAGGUUUAACUUUUUUUAUCCCAGAGAUACCCAAUACUAGAGCAUGGUGUUCCAGACACAUAUGGAGCCAUACUUCCUUCUGAACCUCAGCUCUAGAAUAUAGACCACGACUCUCCACCCUUCCCUCCAGGAUGGAACUGGGGCCUAUAUAGCCAUAUUAUUGCUCUAGAGUAAGUUCUAGACCCAUCCUCCCAACUUCUCUAGUGAUACCUAUUAAGAAUGAGUUCUGGGAAGGACCCAGCUAUUAUUCAAAAAGAAUUAAGUCCUGGAUGAAUUAAUAACUACUUCUUGUUUUACUUAGAUAAUUUUCUAAAAAUCAUACUCUUCCUCCUAGAGAAUGCUAACCUUAUUUUUACAUGCAGUUUAAUUCAGCUGGGGCCAGGGAAAUAAAUCUGUAGAAGGGCUGAGGAGUUUUAGAAGGAAUCCAUGGCCCAUUGUGGGGGAGCUAGGAUGGGGAAGGGGUCAAAAUCAUGACUUAAUUGGACCUGUGUCUGGGUUUGGGGGACAUGAACACAGCUACCUCAGCAAGAAUUCCUUCCAGAUCCCCUCUAAAGCUGAGGUCUUUAGGGAAAUGGGUCUAGAAUAAAAAGAAUAUGACAUAGACCUUACAGUAUACAGACGAUGUGUUGUAGAAUUGUGCACCUGAAACCUGUAUAAUUUUGUUAACCAGUGUCACCCCAAUAAUAAUAAAAAACAUGAUAUAGACUUGACCAUCCCAGUGAAGAUACCCCAAUUCAGCAAUAAGUCCCACCACUCUCCCCUAAGUCAGGACAAGGAGGGUGAGGGCCUCUCUUGGGUUCCAGAACUCAUAUAACCCCAGAGCUUCUACCUGAAUAGAGCUUGCUUUACUUUACAGCUUAUAACCUCGGCUGUGUGUUAGGUACCUAACAAGGGCCUGACUAGAUUCUUCUGAAAAAACAAAAACCACGGAGAGCUAGGGGCAGGCCUGGAAAAGAUCAGGAACCUACUAGUGAACUAGGAGGUGGGCUCUGGGCAGCCUCAGACCUGGGCAGGGGAGACUGGGGAGGCCUAAAGGGAGGGCUAGAGGGGUUGAUGCUUCCCUCCGCCACAUAGACCCCGCCCGGGCCCCACCGUGUCCUGGCUCUGCUCCCGGGGGGCCGGGGUCCACUCCCUGCAUUCUCACAUAAAGAAGAUUUAUACAA